GGCAAUCAUGAACCCACAGCAGGAGUUGGAGCAAAGGGGGAAAUUUAGGAUGACUGUUUUCGAGGAGGAGUACUUCCAGGGCAAGAGUUGUGAGUUCACGUUUGAAUGUCAGAAUAUUCUGGAGAGAGACUUCCAGAAGAUUCGCUCCAUUAAAGUGGAAAAUGGACCCUGGGUGGGGUAUGAAUAUCCUGAGUUCCAGGGCCAGCAGUUUAUUCUGGAGAAAGGCGACUAUCCCUGUUACCAGGCCUGGAGUGGCAAUAGCAGUUACAGAACGGAGCAUAUGCUUUCUUUCAGACCAAUUAAAUGUGCAAACCACAGUGACAGUAAGAUAACCCUUUAUGAAUGUGAAGACUUCAUGGGACGUAAAUUUGAGAUGUGUGAUGACUAUCCUUCACUCCAAGCCAUGGGCUGGUGUAACAAAGAAGUUCCCUCAGUCAAAGUCAACUCUGGAGCCUGGGUUGGCUAUCAGUUUCCCGGUUACCGUGGAUAUCAGUACAUCUUUGAGAGAGACAGACGGCAAGGAGAGUACAGAUGCUACAAUGAGUACGGCACCCAGGCACACACCAAUCAGAUCCAGUCUAUGCGCAGAAUUCAGCAAUAA